CCCAGCCCGAGAUCACUAGUAGCAGAUUCUCCAAUAACAGCGGCGAUCUCCCUUCCAGUGAAGAAAUCCAAGCUUUGUUAAGUUACUUUGUUACGCCAGCUCCACCAGCCGUGAUCGAUCCUCUCCCGCCGUUCGACUGCUGCGAUCUCCGCCACUCACUCCACCCACCACCACCACUACCACCACUACCACCACUACCACCACCACCACCACCAUCAUCAUCAUCAUCAUCAUCACCACACCAUAUCACCACCACCACCAUCACCAUCACCACCAUUGCUCGUCCUCCUCUCCUCCCGCAUUUUCCUCCCGCCAACGCCCACGAACUAACCCCUACAGCUCUGCAGCCUCCGUUGUCUCGAGGCCUUUCUGGUUUCCCUCCUGUUUUCUCGCUCGCUGCCUUCCCUCGAUUCCUCUCCUCCCCCCAAUCAAUGGCCUCGCCCAUUGGAGCCCGAACCUCAGCCGCCCAUCCAACCACAGUCCUGAAGAACGCUGGGCUGUAUCGCUGCGGCCUUGCUGUCACUGCUUGUCUGAUCUAGUUCAUAUAUUUUCCCGCUUCCUGUUAACCCGCCAUCCUCUGCUAUUUUUUAUUUUUAUUUUUUUUCAUUUUUUUUGGACAAGCGCUUAUGGGCAUCAGCUGGCCUCACCCUGGGCUCCAUUUUCUUCGUGAAAUCCCCCUCUGACCAACACCCACGCCGGCCUGUCUUGUCUGUUGUUGCAAGCUGCGGUUGGAAGGGCCGUCUUCUGUGUCGGCCCAGCCAGCCAGCCGGUCUGUCAGUUAACCUACGAAACGCGCACUUCAAGAAAGCAAAGCGAUCGCUGGCUCUGGCUUGGGAUUGCUGUUGUGAUGCUCCUACUAUUCACCACUUUUAAAAACCACUGAAUGCUCGAACGGCCGGAGCUUUCCCAGAUCCACCUGCGCUCCCCUUUCGCCGAAUACAAACAAAUCCCCUGCCACCCGCGCUCUCUUUCCAAGCUAUUAUAUACACCCUUAAGCUCAGCUUACAGCGCUGAGUUUCGUCCACAAUCAUUGCGCUUGCGUCCGUAGCGAUCUGCCAUGUCCGUUGAGCUCCAAACCUCACACCGGACCCAAAACACCACCGAAGCCUCGUCGCGUGUGCCAGCCAAAAGAUCCUAUUCAGAAUUUCUCAAGGGCGUCAAUACUCGCUUCAAACACCUCUCCGACAAAGUGCUACCCGCGUCCCCAUACCUCCUCAAGGUCCCCACUGAAAGACCUUUCCACUUGGGUUCCCGGUUCGUCAGUAAUUGGGCUGUGGGUGAUAAUAGACCAUUUGCGCCGGAGGAGGAACACCUUCAGUACAUGACCUUUCUGCCCCACCAGGUUGAGGACACUCUACUCGUUGCUGUGGGGGGAUGGUCUGAUGAACGUGGAAACAUCAUGGAAGAAGAUACGUCGAAAGUCCCAAGCAUCGCCACAAGCCCGUCCGUCGAUACACCAAAACAAAAGCUUCAGAGAAAAAAAAUUAGUCUGAGUGACUACAAAAAGAAAGCAUAUGAAACUCCAAAAUCACCUCCUAGAAGCGCUACCCCAGUGAAUCGCAGGAAUGGCACGGAUCGUUUGACUCCAGCCGUAAAACCCAAGUCACCUCGAGAACCCGUGCCAACGCCCAAGGUGCCGGUGAUAUUACCUUCUAAAAGAAAAGCCACCACGUCUGUAACAACCGACAAUUGCUCCGAUAAUGCUAACGGAAUUUCGCAAUCUAAAAGUUCCCGCGAUGGAAAUUCCCGAUCCACACCUAGUUCCCACAAACCUCCACCAUCAGCUCGAGAAUCCCCGCCCCCCACUAAAAAGCCGCGACUUUCAACUACAAAGGAACCUCCCGAUAAUAAACCCACGAGACAAAGAAAUGCGCCGCCUGUUGUUCCCGCGCUACUCUCUCCAACACUUCCCCCUACUAGCGUUACACCUAGGCUCCCUAGAUUACUCUCACCCACUCUCCCACCAGAUAUAGAGGAAGAGCUAGCUAAGAUAAAAGGCGGCGAGCUAUCUAUAGACAGAAUUUCCAGCCCCAGGAAAGCUCCGUCACCCUCUACCAUUACAGGAUCGAAGCCUGAGCGGCCACUACCCAAGUCGAAUAAACCAAGGCCCCAUUCUAGUUCUACCUCCAGUUCAAGCGAUAAAACUACCAAGGCUAGAGUAUCGUCUUCAUCCUCCAAGCCCCAGGACAAUAGCGUCGCAAGGCCUGUCCCUUCCAAUAACCAACGUUCUAGAGCUGUCGAUCAUACACAAUCGCAAAUUUCCUCGAAGCCCAAGGGAACAACCCAACUUGCCAAACCCAAACUUAUUGUGAAACUAAGAUACGGGAGGUCCAAUCGGAAACGGAUAGAAGCGUUACUCAGGUUUUCUGGUAAAUAUAAAAGCACACCUCAUCACCAGUCAUCGAAACAGAAAAGAGAACCUGAAAGUCAGCGAAAGAGUAAAACUGCCCCUUCUUCGAAAUCAACAGAAGUACAGCGCGCUGAAAAGCGACCAAGGACUCCAGCCACAACGGCCUUCAAGUCUCCUUCCGUUCCGCAACAGCCGACAUCAGUAUCAAAGGGCCAAUUUCUAACUCCAAGUAAGGAUUUGAGGGCUACAACCAUGCGCCGUCUAGGCUCUGGAGACGGUGAUUCGAAGCUACCAGCAGGGUUGGACCGCGGAAUGAACACGAGCACACCUGGAAGCGCGGAGAAAGCAACCACCAAACACUCACCUGUAACGCCGAGUGAUAACCCACAAAACAAACCUCGGGAUACAGCAGAAUCUCGUUCAUGGCAAGAAGAAUCCCAGAAAUAUUUCAAUAUAGGUCGCGAAUUAAAACGUUCAUCCCAGAGGUACCCGGGACCGCAUGCGACAGACGCCGAUCAUAAGCUUAGCGCGGCGAUUGCAGUUGAAGCGGUCCUCUGCUUUAUCCUCGCCUUCAUCCUUGACGAUAGGCACAGAACCUUAAACCGUCGACUGGGAGACUCAUCAACCUGGUUGUCCAUCGUCCCAUACUGGAAAAUGGUGAAAGGCAACAUGGACAAGUACCCGCAUCUCCACGCCCUUUGCUCCCUCCUCGGCGCUGUCUUCCACGAAAUCAUCCACGGCCUCGACCUCGAGCGCCUUGCGAUGACCGCACUUCCAAGCGACCAUAGUCCCGCUCCCACUCCAGGAAGCGAUGGCAAUACGGUAACUUCAGAAGAAAGCAAAAAACAGCAGCAGCAUAGGGAUUUUAUGGAUCUUAGGAAACGACUCGUCGAUUCACACAGAGAGGCUAGAGCCCUUUGGCUCGAGGGGUCGCGCAAACUGUCGGAGGAUGUACUGACCCACCAAUACCCAGAGACGUGGUCGAAGCGGUCCAUGAAUUUCUCAGAAAGGGGUCGAGAGAAGGCUCUUGUGCUGGGUGAAUAUUCAGGAGAAUAUUUUUUACCUCUCGAUCGUACGGCUACCCCUCUUGAGGCGAUUAGGUUUGGGUGGGUGUUUCUGACCGAGUGGACCAAGAAAGAACGGGUAGAGUGGAAAGGUCAGCUUGGGUUAUGAAAUGUAUUUGUUUGACUGUCAUGAUUUUUCUUUUCCUCUUUCUUUGGCAUUUCUCUACUUUUUUUCAAGUUCCCUGGCUUGUUGGAACUGAAACUCACCUCUAUUUACAUCUUAUUUCCUCGAUAUACCCUAGUAGCUUUGUCAUGGAGAAAUUUUCUUAAUCACAAGUUCCCCUUCUAGAAUAACUUCGCCGUCAUUUAUUUUCCUUUGAUUGAAGUCAUCGUAUACCACUGGUUUACCAACCUCGUUUCGAAAACACUUUUUCUUUCCAACUUCACUGCUCCUAUUUCCUCAGCCUACUGUGUUUAUUAAACGAGCAACAUUCUCAUCUCCUCCAACGAAACCCCUUAUUUCAUAUACUUGGUGCCCUAUACUUUUUCCCUCCUUUCCUCCCCACUCCCUUUCCAUACAUAACCUCCUCCGCACACGCACACAUCUCAUUCUAUUACUGUCUCAAACUCUCCAUCUCUGUCUCAAAUAUACAUUAUUUAUGAUACCAACGAACUCGGCAUAUUAUUUUUUUUUAGCGGGGAAAACUAUUUCAGAGCGACUCCAACGCUUUUCCAAUCUUUUUUUUUCCAAAAUUUUUUUUCUUUUUCUGCUUAUUCUUUCCUUCAUUCUCCUUCUCUCUCUUCUCUUUGUGUUGUUCACCCUCUCUAUUCAGUUUUUUUUUUUUUUUUUUUUUUUUGCUGUUGUUUAUCCUGCUAAUGGCAUAUAUGCCACGAGCACCCCAGCUUAUAGUUUUGUUUUACUUUCCCUGCAUUCCUUUAAAUAUCCGGGGAACUAGUUCUCUUCUCUCUGUGGUGUUUGGGCGCUGGACGAAAGGAGAGUUUUUCCCCGAUACUCACUGGACCGGGACCUGACUGGAUUGGAUUUGGAUGAGUAUAUAUGUACACAGUACCGUGCCCAUCGUUUAGUGAUUGGGUGGCUGGGGUGGGGUGGGGUAAACAUUCAUCAGAUUGGAUUUCUUUUGCUAUUCGCAGUUAUACGUUUUUUACUAUUCCGAUUUGGUAGGAUCCAACGCAUGGGCAUGAGGGUUGAGAACUGGAACUGAGAAAUUGUAGUAUUGACUGAGGUGACAUGGUUGCAUGAAUGGAAAUUAUUCGAUGAUCUCAUAGUCGUUUUUUAGUCGUUAAAGAUUAACCCGCAAGAAAGCGUGAAAACAUCAAUUGUCACUUGUGGUGUUGGGGAAUAUGUAGAAACAACGUUCGUUUUGCUCAGGAUGAAGAAAUAAAAUCACGAAAACGUAAAUAAUCCUAAUGGACGAAAGAUACUGUGAAAAACAAAUGAAAAAUAAAUGAUAUCUUCUUCUAACUAAUUAUAAAUAAAGGCCAG